GGCCAUCGCAGCGAUCGAGUUUGAGAACGCAGCGCGACGCGGCCGCGCACGCAUAACACAAACCAACCAACGGAAGCGACUAAGGGUCGCUCACGGAUCCCGCGACUCUCGCGAAACCAGCGCCCACGAGCCCGCGCAGCACCCGAAACACAAUGUCUGCAGCUGAAGGGAAACAGGAAGCUGACGCCGCCGUAGCCGCUGUCGUGGCGCCCGCGCCGGCCGCGGAGGCGCCGGCACCGGCGCCGGCGCCGGACGCCGCGCCCGCUGUCGAAGCGCAGCCCAAAGAAGAAGAGCUCACCGAGAAGGACCUCCUCGGCAGCGCGACGCUCGUGACCUUCCCGGACCGCGCGCUCGGCGUCAGCAUCGAGGCCGACGAGGAAGGGCCGGUGUACGUGGCGUCGGUCAAGACCUUCUCGGCAGCGAGAGGUCGAGUCCGCGCCGGCGACGUCGUCGCGCUGGUCGACGGCGUCGCCGUGCCGCAAGCGAGAGACGCGGCGGGCUGGGCGGCCUUCGUCCAGGGCCUCAAGGAGGGCCCGCGGCCCCUGUCGGUGGCGUUUGGGCGGCCGCCCAAAGAACCCGCGGCGACGGCGACGGCCGCGCGCAAGACGCGGCCCCGCGCGAAACGCGCGAGAGAUGAUGAGUACGACGACAACGAGUCCGACGAGGAGCUCCAGGCCGCGUUACAGGCUUCGAGACGCGACACGGGCCCCGCGCCCGUCGGAAGACUCGCAGCGCCCGUCAAGGCCCAGUCGACGCGCAAGAAGUACUGGCGCAAGCUCGUGUCUGAUGAUUUAGCACCGAGAGAUGCCCCUCUGAAGUUUGUGUGGCCGAACCCGAAGGCGCACUUAACCAGCAAGUCGGGAAGAAAGACGGCUAUUGCGUAUGAGGCCUACUCGCCGGCGACCUCCGUCUCGGAGUUCUUCGCGCUCGGCGGCAGACCUGAUGAUUUGGCGUACGAUCUCGCGAGGGGCUUCGUGGUCGUGACCGACAUGGUCGACGGGCCGCCGCCGCCGAAGAAGGCGCGCGGCGCCGCGGCGCGCGCCGCUGCCGCUGCUGCGGUGGCGCCGCCGCCGCCGCCAGUGGUCAAGGAGGAGGUCGCGGCCGUCGUCACGGCGACCGAGGACGACAAGGGCCCUACUGUUGCUGAUCUCGCCGCUUAUCUGGUGUCUAGAGGAGGCACUGCGACUCAAGUCGACGGCUGGAGCGUGGGCAAGAACCCUCGCGGUGAUACCAUCUUCACCGAUCCUUCUUCUGGUCGGGUCUUCCGGUCGAAGCCCGAGGUGGCUCGCUUCCUGAACGUGGGCCAGGCCUAGUUUGGAGAGGGGCUAAGAAUUCACCUUUCAGUG